UGGCAGGCGGAGGAGCUGCUGCAGGCGGCCGGCCUGUGCGGCGAGGUGGCCGCGUUGGAGCCCGCGGCGCAGCUGUCGGGCGUGCAGGCCGUCUUCGACCUGCGCGGGCUGGGCCUCGAGCAGCUGCGCGCGCUCUCGCCCGGCUUCGCGCGCACUAUGGUCCACUAUCUCGGGAAUUGCUUUCCUAUACGAAUAAACGGAGUCCAUGUUGUAAAUGAACCAGCAAUUUUUGGUCUGGUAUUUUCACUAUUCAAGAGCUUCCUUAAUGAACGUAUGCAGAAAAGGCUGUUCUUACAUGGACAUGACAUGGAAUCACUACAUAGCCACAUAACUCCUGACUGGUUGCCCCCUGACCUGGGAGGCUCUGGAAAAGAAACAGAUCUAAAUGAGUGGCUUUCCUAUGUUCUCAGUCAACCUGUGGUAUUAGGGCUGAAGAAAGUUGGUUACGUUUUUGAAGAUGAUCUGAUUAUUUAGAAGAAGACAGAUAACUUGAAAAAAGCAUCACUGUCAUAGUUAUAUGCAUUUUCUGUAUUGAGUAAAAUAUUUUUGUACAGUAAAAGAAAUUGGACUGGUUUUAGAAUGUUUGUACAAGAUAGCUAAAGCUUUGUGUAUAAUAUAGUUUUGUAUUUAGAAUAGUGUAUUUUCUCACAAUGCCUAUAUUGGAGAAAAUACUGUAGUGUUGUUGCUCAUUUUAUAUGUCAACUGCUAUCAUUUUUAUCCUCCUACUUCAGUAAUUAGGAAGUUGUGAACUGAUAUAGAAGCACCUAAUAUUCUGUUUGUUGUGACCUGUAUGUACUCGAGUUCUAGGUACAUUACAGUUGUUUGGCAAUAAAAUACUGCGGAGAUCCAUCUU